UACAAUGCAUUUCGCGGCCAUCCUUCUACAGGAAAUAACUGCCGAAGGCCUUAGGGGAAUGACCCUGAAGAACCUUUGGUUGCAUUUGGCCUCAGAAUCUUCCGGUUUUCCUUUGCUUAUUGAUGAUCAUACGAAGCAGUUUAUUUGGCGGAUACUUAUAUCUAUGAAGUCUCUAUCAUUCCACGCAAAUCCUACAGUACACGAAUAUUUGAUGCCUUACGACAGACGAACCUGGUUGGUGACUACCGACAGCGGCAUGUUUUACGACAUUCCGCCCGACUUUCCUCCGCUCAAAUUUCAUCCAACGUCAGACCCGAUGGAGCCGGGCUCCAGCAUGUUUUACUCCACACGUGUGGAUGUUACGGAACAAAUUCGUUCAAACAACCAUCUUCACCUUUUGGAGAAUGUUGUUUCUCAAUGGGGUGAUUGUCUUGUGAUGGUGGCGUCUCGACAGGAACGGCAUAAUUUUCUCCUCGGGAACAUCUGCAAUGCAAGCGAACUUUCCGCCACUUGUUAUAUGAUGCUUGAAGAGAUCGUACGACACCGAUACAAUGGCCUUCCCACUACCAAUUUCGAUGGACUGGGUCACUGUGGACUUACCCCAAGCACCAUAUGGUACGCUCGUCAGAAACUGGAGAAACUUGGUCUACUCACUUCACAGCCGUACAUGUCCAAGUACAAGACUCAUACAAUGUCCACUGGCGUGUUGCUCCAUCAUUGGCGCUUUCAUCGACACUUUCCUUUUCCAAAUGCCGUCAUGCUACAAAAGCUCGUUGAUCUGCUGCACGAAAGUCCGACAAAAUCACAUACCCUCAACUAUUUACGACACGUGAGUUCCUAUACCUUUUCAUGUCAUCUUGUUGAUCUAGUAUCACUAGAGUUACACGUUGUAUCUGAUUGUUACCCACCACUCUAUCUCCGAUAG